UGAGGGAUAGACAGUUAUAUUUUUAAUAAUGUGCAAAGCAAAAGGUUGCGCCAGUGAGACACCGUGUAGGCACACCAGAGAAAGAUCUGGGUGCCCGUGGCCAUAGCCUGGAUUUUUAUUGAAGGAGUAUUAGGUUGUUCUUGUCUCAGAAUGGCGUGGAGCCUUGGAUGCUCUACCUUUAAGGCCUAGCCAAAAGGGAAUAUUUAACCUUAAUGUCAUUUGGCUUAGACUUCCAGUCUGCUAAGAGUUGCUCUGGGUGGCCUAGAACUUGGAACGGGGAGAUUAAGUUUUACCUUCUCUUUACCUUUGACUUGUGUGAUCAGGGAGGAAUAGCGUUUUUACCAUGAGUUUCUCAUGAGUUUUAAUUUUGUUGGCGUUGGGCCAGGAGGGGCUGCGUGUAUUUACUGUCACCAGUUUACCCUUUAGCUCUGUGGCCAGGUGAAAGCCCUAGCCUUGGCUCAUCUUUAACCCCACCGUUAGCGACAGACAGCUGAGGGCCUCCUCCUGCUGGGAGGCCAGUGCUGGGUUAUUUUUAAUCUGGCUGUGAAAGGCUAGAGUGUGAAAAUGAGUUUUAGCCAGUGUGGAGAUUUUCCAUGGUACGAUCUGAUAUCCAUUUGCUGUUUAAUCUUCUAACCCCUCCCCCAGCAUCCCCCCCCAUCCCAGCAACAGGCCCACAGUACCUCUGGGGGUGUAGCAGAAUGGUCUUCUUAAGGGGGUAGUUGUUUGUCCCCCUUUCAUUGCGUUUUGUUGUCCUUGCCUUUGGCUUGCCCCUAUUUAGUUGUAAAGCAGGGCUUUCUCUUUAACAUGUGUGGCGUGGUGAUCUUGGCUAAACGAGGUUCCCCUACCUUGCCUGGUUCAGAUUUUUAUGGAGGGGGUUACUGACCACCACCCUGACAUUUGUCUCAGAGGCCUGGGGCCUCUUCUGGCUUCUGAACUGGUUAGAAGGGAUCCUGGAAGCCCUUUCCCUGCCCCUUGUUCUCUCCUGGUCUCCUGACCUUUGUCCCCUGGCAUGCCUGCCCCUGCCCCCUCCUCCUUCUGGCAGGCACAGCCUCCUGACCUCAACCAUCUCCUUCCUGAGGCUGACUUAGCUCCAGGGUGCUGGCUGGGCUGUCUCCCACCUUGGAAGAAAGAGCCUUGGAGCCUCCCGUAGUGUACAAGUCCUGCGCCAGUGGAAAGAAGAUGACACAAAGCCACUGUUUACAAAGCUCUUUGCUCUACUACAACCGGGUACAAGAGUCUGGGAACUAGGUGCUAACAGAAGCCCAAAUGAAAAAAUUAUUAUUUGAGAGAAAAACAGAAUGGAGGAGACAUAGUAUCAGAAAUGCAUAGAAACUUAACCGAAGCCUGGGAUUAGGUUCAGGGUCUGCAGUCCACAUCAUACUAUAGGCAGAGGGAAAUUGUAUGUACUGUGGCAGAUUUGGGGUGGGGGGCAGAGGCAGCCUUGGCCUUCCCUCCCAUCCCUGGAGGAUCCUAUAGGUCUCUCCCAUCCACACCCUUCCACUCAUGCUUCACUGGGGAAAUCUGCCUACAGCAAGGCCCUCAAACCUAGCGGUCGGUAGGAAUGACCUAGGUGCUGGCGGGAAAGUGGCGCGAACCAAGGUUCUUGCUCAGAAGCUGGCUUUUAAUGCUGUGGGACCCAGGAGCAGCCUUUUACAGCAUCCUCCAGUCUGUGAGACACAGCUGGUCCUUCCCAGUCCCUCUCCACCUGGGAUGGCUGAGAUGCUGAGAUGCGGGGUAGGCAGGGAAGGGGAGGUUUAGGUUUUGUUACCUACGACUAACAACAUUCCCUGGACAAACUCCUGGACAUCCCAGAGGUGGUUUAGUGUUAUCUCUCUCUUCCUUCUUCCUUCUCAUAACUGGCCAGUCAGGAAUGACAGAGGUACCAUUUAGAAGCCCUAGAAUCAGCUGGGAUAUAUAUCUAUAUAUCUAUCUAUAUAUCUAUCUAUCUAUCUAUCUAUCUAUAUAUAUAUAUAUAUAUAUCCAUGUUCAAUUAGUUACACUUGAAAUAACAGUUUUCUCGGGCUGUUUAUUGACUGGUUUGUUCAAUGUUCCUCUGGUGCCUGCUUUGUACCGAGCCCAGAACAAGGCUGGGCGGAGGUACAGUGAGGAGUGAUACACCGGAGGGGAACUUUAAGUAGAGAUGAUGAGUGACAGAAAACGGAAGACAAUGUGAUAGGAAGCAAAGUCCCACCCUCACCUGGUGACCAGGAACACCUUGAAAGGAUGACACGUGAGCUGAUGUUCAAACAAGGCGUCACUAGUCACGUGGACUUCUGAUCUGAGAGAGCUCUGGUUAGAGAACGCACAAGUAGGCAGGCCAGGGCAAGUCUGAGCAGAGAACAGGCCCUGUGGCUGGAUCAGCCCAGUACACAGGGGAUGCAGGGGCCGGGGGCCGGGCAGCUCACGCCAGGCAGAAGAGUCUAGUCAGGAAGCAGAGCGUGUUUAUAGAAAAUUAGUCCCCUGGCCACGUGGAGAUGGCAUGGAGGCUCAUAGGCACUGGAGGCAGCUGCUCCGUGGACCACAAGAUGGCACUCUGUGAUGAGGGCACAGGGCUGGAGAGGAGUGGACAGCUUCUGCAGACGGCUGAUGAGAUUUAGCAAUAUAAGAGUUGUCAGUGGCGAGGGAAAGGGAGGAGCUGAGAGUUCCUCACAGUUAAACAGUCCAUCAAGUUGAGAGGAACCAAGGCAGGGGUUGGAGCGCUAGCUCAGCUCCUCAGAGCACUUCCUGCUCCUAGAGAGGUCCUGGCUUCAACCCCCAGCACACGACUGUUCACCACCGACAGUAACUCCAGUUUCAGAACACUUGAUGCCCUCUUCUGACCUUCAAGGUCCCUGGCACACAAGGUGCGACACAGAGACACACACACAAUACUGGUAUAAGCAAAAUUAAAUUUUAAAAAGAGUGUUCAAGGAAGAAGUCACCCCAACCUGUAAUAAAGAUUUCUCAACUUUAAUCCUUUAAAAAAGCCCAGAGUUGCCCCUGCCCACAUUGGAUUCUGCUCUGUGGAAUCCCAAUGCCUGGGUGAUGGUGUCCACUUGAAAGUCUCUGAAAGUUUGAGCUUCUCCUGGGAUGCUGAUAAGGUAUUCUUUUGUUUUCUUGCUUUUGUCCUCUGAGGCACUAUCUUGUCAGCAACAUCCUGGCACUGGAACAAUUAGUGAGUGUGCCAAGCCAUAUGAGGGGCACAACAGUGGCAAAACAGGCGGUGUCUCCACCCCAAAGUAUUUGUGUUCCGCUCAGAGAGACGGAGACAAAUAAGCAUGGGCUAAAGCUUCACUUCCGAAAUCCCUACUCCUUCACCCCCAUGCUGGAAGAGGGCACACUGAGCAAGGCACCUAGGUCCCUGCUGCUGGGCACAGACAUGGCUGGAAACCAGAAGCAAAUCUCUCAGUUCUCACAGAAGGAUGCCCAGGCCUUUCCCAGGUACGAGGAGUUCAUGAAACGCUUGGUGCUGGCCAUUGACCCCCUGCUGGAUGCGAUCCCAGUGGACACAGCAGCCUUCCAGCACGGCUCCCUGCUACAGAGACUCAGGGCACUGUCUACCCUGAGGCCCCUGAUGAAGGCAGGGCGCACCCUGGGAGCCCAGCUCCCCCAGUACUACCAGGUCCUCACAGCCCCCAUUUCCAAGGUGCUGGACCUCUGGUUUGAGUCUGAGCCUCUAAAGGCUACGCUGGCAACAGAUGCUGUGAUUGGAGCCAUGACAAGUCCCCACACUCCAGGGAGUGGGUAUGUGCUGCUGCAUCAUGUGAUGGGUAGCCUGGAGGGGACGCAGGGCGCCUGGGGCUAUGUCCAGGGUGGCAUGGGUGCCCUCUCCGAUGCCAUUGCAAGUUCAGCUACUGCGUAUGGAGCGAGUAUCUUCACAGAAAAGACUGUGGCUAAGGUGCAGGUGAACAGCGAAGGCCACGUUCAAGGAGUCGUACUGCAGGAUGGCCAGGAGGUCAGGAGCAGAGUUGUCUUAUCCUGCGCGUCGCCACAGAUCACCUUCUUGGAGCUGACGCCACAGGAGUGGCUUCCCAAGGCCUUUGUGAAGAGGAUCUCCCAGCUGGACACACAGUCUCCGGUUACCAAGAUCAACGUGGCUGUGGACAGGUUGCCAAACUUCCGGGCUGCCCCCAAUGUCCCCAGGGACCAGAUACAGCCACAUCAUCAGUGUUCCAUCCACCUGAACUGUGAAGACACCCUGCUCCUCCACCAGGCCUUUGAAGAUGCCAAGGGUGGCCUGCCUUCCCAAAGGCCUAUGAUUGAACUCUGCAUCCCUUCAUCACUGGACCCAACCCUGGCUCCACCCGGCUGCCAUGUGAUCUCCCUCUUCACUCAGUACACACCCUACACCUUGGCAGGAGGCAAGGCCUGGGAUGAACAGGAGAAAAACACCUAUGCAGACAAAGUGUUUGACUGUAUUGAGGCCUAUGCCCCCGGCUUCAAGAGUUCUGUGUUGGCCAGAGAUAUCCUCACCCCACCGGAUCUAGAGAGAAUCUUUGGGCUUCCUGGAGGGAACAUAUUUCAUGGCGCCAUGUCCCUGGACCAGCUCUACUUUGCCCGCCCAGUGCCCCAACACUCUGGCUACAGAUGCCCUGUCCAGGGCCUGUACCUCUGUGGAAGUGGGGCCCACCCUGGAGGAGGCGUCAUGGGAGCAGCUGGACGGAAUGCGGCCCACGCGGUCUUUAGGGACCUCAAGGGCCUGUGAUGCUGGACCAGCUCUGACCCCGGGAGAAAAGUUAGCCCUGCACUGUUGAGCCGCCUAUCAGGCCACCUGUCCAAGAUGCUGCUCAGAAGGAUGCCACGGGAGGCAACUGUGUUAACAAGGCUCCAUCGUCUGAAUCGGGGCUCGAGUCACAUUGAGCACAGUUUCGCCUGGACUAUCAGAAUGUCUUAUUAAAAACAAU